AUGUCCACCCCCAGCAAUGACAAAGACCGUCUCCAAGACUCGUCACAGCAGCUAGACUACGUUCACGGUAGCUCGCACAAGGUCCUCAACUUCCAAAAUGCCAAUUCACGGCGCUAUGCCGUCAACAACGAAGAUGGACACGCAAGCGGGACGGAAUGGGAGUGGUGGAGUCGCGAGAAUCGAAAGGGCCGGCACAUACUUCUCCUCAGUCACGGUCAAGCACCCUCGCGCACCGCACGUACUACGCGCCUUCUUCGAGCGCUUGUGCGCAUGAUCACAGUCGUAGCCUGGUGGGACGUUUCGUGGUGGGUUGGCGUCGUCUUUACUGUCGGCUCGAUAUGCUCGAUCACGUCUGGCGUCCUUCAAUGGCUUCCAGUCGCAUAUCCAGAUACGCGAUUCGCCGCCGACCCGAGCACCAUCAGCGGCGCGAUAUCCUUCUUCCGUGGAAUGUUGUUUCUGCUGGGUGGCAUGCUCCUUGUAGUCGAAGCGGUGAACGCCAACCAGAGCGACUGCUUUGGCUGGGCGCUCAAGGAAAGCUUGAACUCCGACAACGAGAACAUCGAACUCGCGUCUUCGGACGAAGAGAAAGCGACCGAGAACCCCUCCGGCUUCCAACCCGACCGUCGAAACUGCACGCAUAUCCACAACCCCGACCGCAUGAAGCAUCGAAUAUUGCACACGAAGACGUUCAAGGUUGAGGCACGUCCCCAGUCAGGGCCUGAGCAAGCCUGGAAAUGGUGGCCCACGUGGCAGGAUGUUCGCGUUCACUAUCGUCGAGAGAUCGGUUUUAACGCAAAUCUCAUCCUCUUCAUCGGUACAGCCAUCUACUGGGUCACGAAUCUCCUCACCUUACCAGGUGUAUACAAGAACCUCCCGCAAGGUGUGCUCUAUGGGCUAUACUAUCCUUCUUUCCUGCUUGGGGCUAUCUGCUUCCUGGUCGCUUCGAUACUAUACCUGUUUGAAGUGCAGCGCCAGUGGUGGAAGCCCGCGCCGCGCAUGGUCGGGUGGUGGGUUGGAAUGACAAAUCUGAUGUUUUUCAAGUAUUCGUACAAUCCCUACGGCUUCACAAUCUUCUUUUCAGCUGAUAAUAUGACACUUCCAAUUACGGGCAAGUCCGGAAAGGACACACUCGCGGCACGCCUCGAGAACGACUUCGAGAAGCGACCCGAUCCGGUCGCAUUAACCCACAACGCCGAUGAGUCGCAAAACAGCUCUUCGGGGGUUGACUAUGAGCCGCACCCUGAAAGCUCGAUAAACUUGGAGCCUGCGAGGGAGAGAAUUGUACAGUCUAUCUGCAACUUGUACUCUGGCAGCGCUAGCGAAGAAGACAUGAUGGUGUAUGGCAAAGAGGCGGUAUACGAUGACCCAUGGAGCUAUUGCGAUACAAGGUAUAAGAUUGCUGGGCAGUGGUAUGGCAUCCCAAAACUCAUGAAGAGCAGUCGGACGAUCAAGACGGAGGUUAUUUCCUCCAAGCCUGAUGAGAUCAUCUUCAAGUUGCAGCAGGAGUACACUCCAAAACCUAUGCCGAUUGCGAAGAAGGUCAACAGCUUGAUUACACUGACGCUCGAUCAAGAGGGCAAGGUGCGGUAUCACAAGGACAUGUGGAAUGAGAAGGACUACAGUCACGAAGGUCUAGGCAAAUUCAUGAAAGAGUUGAAUGGGGAUCAUCUAACAAAGAUCACGCGACCCCCAGCAGAUCUGUGA